ACCCAUGUGGCGCCUUGCACUCAUAGCCUGACCCCCUUACAUUGACGUGUUCCUCAUUCUCAUAGUCCCUUUUCUUUGUCAAUCAAGUGUCAAAUGCAAUGUCGGCAAUCCGAAUUUAGGGCUCAUUUGUGGGAGGAUCUUUACCUUUCUUCCCUCCGAACUAACCAUCCGUUUGGGUGGCGAGAAAAGCCAGGAAAGGGGGAAAAAGGAUUAUCAAAACAUAAAAAGAAAUCCGAAUUUCACUCCCUUAACUGUUUGGAGGCGAGGAAAGAAAACCUCUGCUCAACCGUGCCUGAUACCGCAGUCUUACCUUACGCGAGGAUGAAUGUGAGCCACGCAUCGGUUCACCCAGUGGAGGAUCCUCCUCCCACUGACGCGAUUAAUGCUCCGAGGGUGAGGAUGAAAGACUUCCAAGGCACACCCGGCACCACCGGAGGGCUCUCGCUUCGUUGCUGUCAGUUUCUGUUUGCAGCAAUUGCUCUCUGUGUCAUGGUCACCACCAGUGAUUUCUCUUCGGUCACUGCAUUCUGCUACCUUGUUGCUGCUGUUGGCUUACAGAGCCUGUGGAGCCUUUCGCUUGCCAUUCUUGACAUUUAUGCCCUUUCAGUGAAGCGCUGCUUGCAGAAUUAUCAAGUUGUUGCUUUGUUUACUAUUGGUGAUGGGAUCACAUCCACCCUUACAUUUGCUGCAGCCUGUGCAUCUGCAGGCAUUACCGUCCUUAUUGGUAAUGAUCUUAAUAGCUGUGCCCACAACAACUGCUUAGAGUUUGAGACUGCCACAACCUUGGCCUUCUUUAGCUGGUUUGCUGUAUUACCAUCUUUCCUCUUGAACUUCUGGUCACUAGCAUCCCGGUGAAAAAUGGGAACAAAAGGGAAGGCAAGGAGCUGGUUGGGACACCAUUGAAAUUAUGUGCAUUUGUUAGUAUAUUCUCACUUUGUUGAGCUUGGCAUUCAGCAAUGUCCCAAACAAACGAAACUCAGACCUCACAUUUAUGCCAUGUGUAUAUAUUAUGUAAACCAAUCUGUUCCCUGAAGAGUCCCAUCAUGAAAAUGCAUCCUAUGUUUCAGAAAAACUGAAGCACAAAGUGAUGAUGAUUCCCAUGGAGGGUAUGUAGCAUGGGAAAAACUAUCAGUCAUUUGUUUGAUGGGAUUUUUGUCAAUAUGCAGGAGGAUGCUAUAUUUUUGUUGAGACUUCUGCACAGAUGGCAUGAAUGUUCUAAGUUAAAAUUUUUGUUAUCCCCCUGUAUCAUGGAAAUUUGUUAAUCUCCAUCUCCAUAAAGUAACUGAAAUUAUUGCUCUUAAAGAGCUCUUAU